AUGACUACCGAAGAAACGCCUCUCCUGAGGGCUGAGCAUAUUUCUGUCGACCACGAUAAUGUCUAUGAUCGCUUCAGCCCAUGGAAAAAGCGGGGUAUAUUGAUCUUGGUUUCCCUCAGUGGCCUACUUCCACUUUUUGCAAGUGGGACAUUCAUUCCUGCGAUCCCGCAGAUCGCCCAUGAUCUCGCAACUUCACCUGAGAUUGUGACCUUUACCAUCAGCAUGUCGAUCUUCGGUGCGGCCCUUGGCAGCAUGGCCAUGGCCACGUACUCAGGCUUCUACGGAAGACGACCUGUAUAUCUGGCCGGCCUCCCUUUCUUCUGUCUAGGAUCAUAUCAGAUAGCUGUCUCCCAGAACAUAUAUUAUCUUAUUGCGUGGCGCUUUAUUCAGAAUGUGGGGAUAUCCGGCGGUAUUUCCCUCGGCGCUGGAGUUAUUGGCGAUAUAUACAAGCUAGAGGAACGGGGCUUCGCUAUGGGUGUCUUUUUCGGGGCUGUCCUUCUCGGUCCCGCGAUAGCCCCCGUCACUGGAGGCAUAGCGACGCACUACGCAUCCUGGAGGAUGCUGCAGUGGGGUUUCUUGAUUUACGGCCUGGCUCUAUUGAUCUCGAUGGCGCUUUGGCUUCCAGAGACAAGUCACCCCGGUACCCUCGGUGCAGAGAAAGCUGAAGAUCAACAGCCGCAGAGUAAUGGCGGCACGCGGCGUCAAAAAUGGAGAUGGGUAUGGUUGAACCCUUUCUCCUGCCUGGGUUUACUGCGAAGCCCCAAUCUUAUGCUGGUGAUGCUAGCGGGUACAGCAGCGCUAGUCACUGAUUUUGUUCUUCUUGUACCCCUGGCAUACACAAUCGGAGCCAAGUAUGGUAUCACGAAUGAAGCCUUGAUCGGCGCCGUCUUCAUCCCUUGUGGUGUGGGCAAUAUGGUGGGCGCACCUCUGGCGGGGUACAUAUCAGAUCGAAUCAUCAUCGCUUACCGAGCUAAACGAGGGGGCGACUGGUACCCCGAGGAUCGCCUCAGAGGGACGCUAUUCGGCGCGGCGUUUUGUGUACCACUCUCCGUACUUUUCACGGGCCUCACAAUCGAGUAUGUCCCAGGGAGGAUGGGGCUGCUCCUCUGUCUCGGUUGGUUGUUCAUGAACGGCAUCGGGGCGAUUUUGAGUCCAUCCGCGGCGUACAACGUCGACAUUGUGCAUAUGAGGAGCGCAGAGGUCAUGGCGGCGAACAGUGGCUGCCGUGCACUCCUCCUCUCCUUCUUCGUUCCAGCGAUCCUACCUUCGAUCAAUCACUUCGGCGUUAUCGCGACCAACGCUGCGGCCGCGUUGAUUGCAUGGGUGGGGUUUGGGCUCUUGAUCUUCACGAUCCGCUACGGAGAACAACUACGAUCUUGGAUAGACGUCGGGUACUCAACGGUAGAAAAUAACUGA